UGCGUUCGAUCUGGUUUUAAGUCCCCUACGUACGUUCGCGUUGUUGCCUAUGAGGAAAACUACUCUGCAAUUUAAAAAUAAAAUAAAAAGAUGAAUAGUUUUGCAGUUGGAAUCUUGAGAAUUUGAAAAUGGCGCUAUGUGGACAGAGGCGGGCAUUCAGUGACAGCGAUGUCCCCUGCGUGCGAGGACGACACUGAAGCUGUAAACAGCGCCUUUUGCAAACUAACUUUGUAAUCACUUCAAUGCUUGUCGACUCCAAUACAUUUUUUUUCUCCCACAUUGCUUAAUUUAGCACUCCAUACUUUGAAGUACUCGGGGUGUUUGUUGGCUAACAACUUGGCGUUAGCUCAUUACACGACAUGGUGCUGUGCAGCUAGCUAGCUUUGUUCUUGGGACUGUUUAUGUCCAAGUAGGACGACGGUCGUUCCAGACUAUUUUAUUUGGAUCAAGAAUGGAGGUCGACGACGAUGACGUGCCUCUCAUUCUCACCUGGGACGAUGCAAACAGCGGUUUACUCAACGAGGACCAAGAGAGGGGCGACGAGAAUGGCGGUGUAGGAAACUACGGCAUAGGUAAUAGUUCUGUGGUGUCAACACCAGGACCUCAAACUCACAGAACACACAAUCCAUCUUUACGGCAAAGCUGGGAGAUGAACUACCAGGAGGCGGCCAUCUACUUGCAGGAGGGAGAGAACAACGACAAGUUCUUCACCCACCCCCGAAACCCCAAGGCGCUGGCGGCGUACCUCUUCGCCCACAACCACCUCUUCUACAUGAUGGAGCUGUUCACGGGCCUCCUGCUCAUGACGCUGUCGCUGUGCGAAGCUCCCGCGGUGCCCUCGCUGCGCCUGGACGUCUACGUUCACGCCACGCUGGAGCUGCUCGCCCUGGUUACCGUGGCGUUUGAGCUGUGCAUGAAGCUCCGCUGGCUGGGCUUCCACACCUUCAUACGACACAAGAGGACCAUGGUGAAGGCGUGCGUGUUGCUGCUGCAGUUUGUGGAGGCCAUCGUGGUUCUGGUCCGACAGACGUCGCACGUGCGAGUGACCCGAGCCCUCAGGCCAAUAUUUCUGGUGGACUGUAGAUACUGCGGCGCUGUACGCAGAAAUUUACGGCAGAUCUUCCAGUCCCUCCCGCCAUUCAUUGACAUCCUCCUACUUCUGCUCUUCUUCAUGGUCAUAUUUGCUAUCUUGGGUUUCUGCCUCUUCUCUACAAACGCAUCCGAUCCUUACUUCAGUACUCUGGAGAACAGCAUGGUCAGUCUCUUCGUGCUGCUGACCACGGCAAAUUUCCCCGAUGUGAUGAUGCCGGCGUACUCGAAGAAUCGCUGGUCCUGCGUGUUCUUCAUCGUGUACCUCUCCAUUGAGCUCUACUUCAUCAUGAACCUGCUGCUGGCGGUGGUGUUUGACACGUUCAAUGACGUGGAGAAGAUGAAGUUCAAGUCUCUGUUGCUUCACAAGCGCUCCGCCGUCGAUCACGCCUUCCAGCUGCUGGUCAGCCGCCAGAGGCCGACGGGCGUCUCGCUGAAACAGUUUGAUGGCCUGAUGCGGUUUUACAGGCCGAGAUUGUCUGCGAGGGACCGCUUCCUCACCUUUAAAGCGCUCAACGCCUCGGACGCUCCCAUGCUCAGCCUGCAGGACUUCUAUAAAUUCUACGAGGUGACGGGACUUAAAUGGAAGGCGCGGCGCAGCGGAGAACACUGGUUCGACGACCUCCCGCACACGGCCUACAUUAUUCUAAAAGGCAUCAACCUGCUGGUGAAGUCGAAGGCCUUCCAGUACACCAUGUACGUGGUUGUGGCCAUCAACGGGGUGUGGAUCCUCGUGGAGACGUACACGCUUAACAGUGGCUUUUCCUGGUCUCGGUUGGUGCCGUGGAGUUAUAUCGUCUUCCUUACCAUUUAUGGCGUGGAGGUGCUUUUAAAGCUGUCUGGCUUGGGACCGUUGGCUUAUUUCAGCUCCGGAUGGAAUCUGUUUGACUUCUCCGUCACCGUGUUCGCCUUCCUGGGUCUGAUCGCGCUCGCCUUCAAUAUGGAGCCUUUCUACUUCAUCGUUGUGCUCAGACCACUCCAGCUGCUCCGGUUGUUUAAGAUCAAGAAGCGGUACCGCAACGUGUUGGACACCAUGUUCGAGCUCUUCCCCAGGAUGGCCAGUCUGGGUUUGACCUUGAUCAUCUUCUACUACUCCUUUGCCAUCGUGGGCAUGGAGUUCUUCGCCGAUGCCGUUUUCCCCAACUGCUGCAACACCAGCACAGUGGCCGACUCCUACAAACAGAACAACGUCACGCAUGGCAACAAAACGGUGUUGCAAGAAGGCUACUAUUAUCUCAACAACUUCAACAACAUUCUCAGCAGCUUUGUGACUCUCUUCGAGCUGACCGUCGUCAACAACUGGUACAUCACGAUGGAAGGCGUGACCUCCAUGACGAGCCACUGGAGCCGUCUCUACUUCAUGACCUUCUACAUCGUCACCAUGGUGGUGAUGACCAUCAUUGUGGCCUUCAUCCUGGAUGCUUUUGUCUUCCGCAUGAACUACAGCCGCAAGAACCGGGAAACGCUGGAGAACCCAGAGGAUGAGAACGGAAUCGUGUUUGAGGUCGAAGUGAGCCGCCAAGAAGCUCUGUCCACUCUGGAGCUGUACAAGCAGACGUGUCCCGGCCAGCCGUCGCUCAGCUCUCUGGUGGCGGUUGUGCAAGCGAUGGACCGCAGUGGGAAUGAACACUCGUCACAAUUGUACCAAGGGCGGCGGUCAAGGACUAAGUGUGACCUCAGCAUGAAAAUGUAUGAAGAGGAGAUGCAGGAGUGGUAUUUACAGUAUUCCAGCGAAAACCUGCCUCAGCCAGACCCAAGUCAAGAACACGACUUGGACAAUCCGCCUUUCGUGCCGGCGCCUCGGCUGAACUCUCAUAGCGGACGUUACAGCAUUAACUAAGUCCCGCGGCCGGACUUGGAACCCCCCCCAGUAGUGUGAAGGAAGCUGUUCCGUUGUUUUCUGGACUGAUGCGAGGUGAGGACGCAGCAGGACGAGCGAGAGCGGGUUGGCAUUUAACCUUACGGAAAGCGCCUGUUAAUAUUUCUCGUAGCGUGUAAUGUACGUACGGUAUUUAAUGCUGGCGGUGUUUUGCAAGUCGCCGACUUAAAAGAAAGUUGAGCUGCUAUGGAAAAUGUCACUUACGAUACAACUAAAUGGUUGAACAAUUACGGUUCGUUUACUUGCAACAGUUUCCCCCAAAAGUGAGUCCCAAGUAGCAAUAUCCAUGCAAUGUGUCGAUGCAUUAUGACCCUACGGGGGUCCAAUCCACGUUCUACUAUAUUGCCGAAUUCCGAAAUAUUAAGUCACAAAAAGAAUUGUACAUUAACCUAAAACGACAAAAAAAAAAUGAUCCAUUUGUCUCAGUUUGUACUGUAUUAAAUAUUGUAUUUCUGUAA